GACAACGUCCACAGAGUGGGCACUGCCCAUAGCAACGUCCACAGAGUGGGCACUGCCCAUAGCAACGUCCACAGAGUGGGCACUGCCCAUGGAACUGGCCAAACAGAACGCUCUCAGAAGUGGCGGUAGAACCGUCGCGAGGCCGGACCAGAGUAGCGGUGCUAGCUGGCUACUGAACCACCUCACACUGCGACUUUAGUCAUUCAACCAAUUAACCCAGAUUAUAUACCGGUGUUUAACUGGGGACGGCGAGAGCUACACCAAAGAUACGCCUCACUUAAGGAAAAUGGAAACAGUUGCGGGUAAAUAGCAAACGUUAGUUAGGUAGCGAAGUAAGCAAUGUAGCUUAGCCAGAUAACUCUUUCAGUUUAGCUAGGUUAACGUCGUUAGUCCUUUGGCGAGGUAACUUUCCGUUAGCUAGCUAAGUGAGUCGAGGAUUGUUGCUAACGUUAUGUAACUAAGCUAGCUAAUUUGCCAGCAGUUAAUUACAUAUCUAACUACAUUGCUAACUUGGCUAGCUUUGUAUUUUGUCGACAUGUUGACAGACUGCAUCAUGACAUGUUUUUUGGUAACAUUACAGAAAGAGGUCAGAAAGAGAAGGCGAAGUUUGCCCCGCUGGUGCCCCGUGAGAAGAAGCCAGGGCAUGGAGAGAAAGGAGGGGGGAAAAGAGGAGAGAAUAAGUGGAAAGGAGAGGGGGGUGGAAAUAAGGAGAGAAACAUUGAUGUAGGAAAGAAGACAGGAGAAUCAUGUGAAGGAGAGAGAGGAGUAGAGAGCAAGGGUAAGGCCUCUGGGUUAGAGAAGAAAAGAGGAGAACGGAUGAAGGAAGAAGGGAAGAAGAAGACGCCAGAUACAGAAAAAGUGAGGGCUGCAGAUGAAGGGGUUCCCCAGCAACAGGAAGGUAAAGGAGAGAGAGGAGGAGGAGAGGGAGCGAAGGAGAAUAAAAAACAGAAAAAUAAGGAAGACCUAUCCAGGAAGGAAACAGAUAAAGGGAAGGAGGGAAUGAAUGUGAAAAAGAAGAAGAAAGAGAAUGAGAAGGUCAGGAAGGAAGGGAAAGAGACGAAAAAGAAGAGACAGAGGGAUGAGACAGAGAGCAAUAAGGUGCUCCCUCUAACAGACAGUCAGUAUGAUGAUAUAUUUGAUUGUGCUACGGCUCUGGAGACACCUGUAGACAACUGUCUGGAGGAUGCCAGAGCUGUGCUGAGUGAGGUGGAGUUCCUGCAGGCCACCAUUGACCAGGUCUCUCUCAGGGAGGAGGAACAGCCUCCCAGGAGAGUGUCUGGUGAGAGAAAGACUGCAGCGUCCGGCUCACACACACAGAGGAAGAGGAAGAGAAGAAGGGAGGAAGAGGAAGACAGCGACUCCAGUACAGAAUUUGAUCAGUGGGUUCAGUGUAGUAGGUCUGUCUGUGGGAAAUGGAGAAGAGUAGAGAGACACGUUGACCUGGCUGCCCUUCCCAGCGACUGGACCUGUAUACACGACACAGGCCCUGGUCUCUGUGAGGCUACGGAGGACAGCUGGUCGGGACAAGAGUGUGAUGUCAUCAACAGCAGUCUGGUUCCUGGGUCUCUGGUCUGGGCUCAACAGAUUGGAUAUCCUUGGUGGCCAGCGAUAGUGGAGAGAGAUCCAGACACCAAGACCUUCUGCCAGUUCAACAGGAAUACUGACCUGUACCCUUGCAGGUACCAUGUAACCUACCUGGGGGAACCAGUCAGCAGAGCCUGGGUGUGUCGGUCUAAAGUCAGAAAUUACACAGAACUCACUGCGGAUGCCGCCAUCACGGGGAAGUCUCUCCAGAGAUUCAAGAAGAAGUUGAGAGAAGCUGUCCUCAUAGCAACACAAGCCCAGAGUAUUCCACUCAAGAGGAGGUUGUCUAGGUUUGGGUUCUGGACUCAACAAACAUUAGACAGAGAGAGUUCAGAGGACAGCGACAUUGCUGAGGUGAUGGAGAUGCUUCUGGACCAUGAAAAGAGCAAGAGGUCAGCAUACGUCAGAAACAAGAAGUCAGCUGUUGUGAAUGCUGCUAAGAGACAGCGUGAAAGAGAGCAGAGUGAGCCCAGAAAGAAAACCAUGAAACAAGGAAGGAGAGAAGACGAGACUGAAGGGAGGAGAGAAGGAGAGCAGCUUGGAAUAAAAAGACCAGGCGAGAAGGAGGAGGAGCCAAUUGGAGGGGACCUGAACGAGGGAGGAAAGGGAGUGAAAGAGAGAGCUGGAGAGAAGAAAAGAGGAGAGGAGGAAGGUAAGAAGAGAGUGAUGACUCCCUGGCUCUCCAAACUGAAGAAAGGCAGCGCGACCACGGCCAGACCAGCCUCUCCACCCAGCAAAGACCAGACUGUACUAGAGAGAGAGAGAGAGGAGAAGAGAGAAGGAGUGGAGGAGAAGAGAGAGGGAGACGGAGUAGAGGAGGAAAGAGCGAAAGAGACCAGUAAAGGAGAAGAAAGGAUGGAACUGAGAGAGGAGAGAAGCCUGGAAGAGGAAGAGAAGGAGGAGGAAGAGGGACAUGAGUCUGAUAUAUCUGUUGAGGAGGAGGCAGUGAAAGAGGAAGGGAGAGAAACAGGAGGAGAGGAACAACAGAUCAAGGAAGGGAAGGAGUUUGUACAGUCUGUGUUUGUAGGGGAGGGGGAUGAGGGAGGAGAGGAUGAUUUCCUAGAUGAAGACAUGGAGAUUCUGGGCUGCAGAGAGGAAGUGAUGAAGAGACUAGCUCAGGAACCCAUUCAGGAAGAGGAGGAUGACUUCUCUAUCAUGCUGUUUGAGGAGGAGUAGAGAGAGGGAGGGAAGAGGGGAGUUACAUUACAUUUACAUUUAAGUAAUUUAGCAGACGCUCUUAUCCAGAGCGACUUACAAAUUGGUGCAUUCACCUUAUGACAUCAGUUGGUAACAGUCUAUCUCCUACUGUUCGGGUUAGGAACCGUUUCUGUUUUCUAUUGUUGAUGUAAAUAGUUGAGUUCAGGUAUGUUUGUUAUGAGUUGGGUUACAUUAUUUAAUCAGUUGUCUAAUAUAA